CCGGGCCGAGCCGAGCUCCCCCCGCCGAGCUCCCCCCCGCUCCGAGCCCGCCCAGCGCCAUGGCGGCCGCCGAGCCCGGCAGCGGCCGCUACCAGCAGCUGCAGAACGAAGAGGAGCCAGGCGAGACCGCACCGGUGGUGAAUGAUGCCCCUCCGCCUUACAGCAGCAUUUCUGCGGAGAACACAGCUUAUUUUGACUACAAGGAUGAGUCAGGAUUUCCUAAGCCUCCAUCUUACAACGUGGCCACAACACUGCCUAGUUAUGACGAGGCAGAGAGAACCAAGGCUGAAGCCACAAUUCCCUUGGUUCCUGGAAGAGAGGAUGACUUUGUGACACGGGAUGACUUUGACGAUACUGACCAGCUGAGGAUAGGAAAUGAUGGCAUUUUCAUGCUAACUUUCUUCAUGGCAUUCCUCUUCAACUGGAUUGGAUUUUUCCUCUCUUUCUGUCUGACUACUUCAGCUGCAGGAAGAUACGGGGCCAUUUCUGGGUUUGGUCUGUCUCUUAUCAAGUGGAUCCUUAUUGUCAGGUUCUCCACCUAUUUUCCCGGUUACUUUGAUGGUCAGUAUUGGCUCUGGUGGGUGUUCCUUGUACUAGGUUUUCUGCUGUUUCUCAGAGGAUUUAUUAAUUAUGCAAAGGUUAGGAAGAUGCCAGAUACUUUUUCCACUCUCCCCAGAACCAGAGUUCUCUUUAUUUACUAGAGAUGUUUUCUGGCAAAUGUCUUCCUGCGUUAGAGAAUUCUCCCUCAAGAAGUAAUAGGACACCUGCAGGAAGUGAAUCGAGACCCUGAAACAGAAGAAAAAAUAAUCACCUGCUUUAAAAUAAAUAAAUAAAAGUACUGUUGAAAAAAGGAGAAGCAUUUCUUUCUAUUUGUUUCUAGGUGUAAAAUUUUAAUAAUUAACGCAGAAUUCUGUAAUCAUUAAAUCAUUAGUGGCUAAUGUUUGCAAAAGCUCUCGCAAUCGAGUCUGUGACGUGCUAAUAAAGCCUGAUGUAGUCUCCGUAGUGCUUUGGGUAGCAUGAGCUAUGCCCCGCAGCCAGCAGGGGACGGGCUUGCUUUGUUUCCCCCUGCAUCCUGGGAGCAGGUUUGGACGCUGGUCCUUCGUGUACGGUGUGCAUCGUGCCGACUGCCCGAAGGGAAGAGCUCAGAGUGUCAGUGCAGGCAUUGCUGUGGUUACAAACCUUGCUGCUGCUUAGCCCUCCACCACCUGUGCUAUGUCUGGAAGGAAAAAUGGGUCUGUGCAGUACAGAUUCUCAAGGUGUAAUUGGGAGAGUAGUAUUUUGGAGGUGGCACAAGUAUUAAUUUUUAACAGUCUAUAUCCUCAAUGUUGUAGUAUACUUUUCUUUCAUACUACCUACUUUUUGGACUAUAUAGAGAUUUUCACAGUACACCUUGGUAGUGUAAAGAUAAAAGGUCACAUUGCAACUUUGUAUAAAAAAUGAUCUUGCAAAACGAAGGGCCUUUUUUUCUUUGGCUUGGGACUUUUGAGACAAUUCCUAACAUACCUGUAAUUCUUGCUUUUAUAAUUUGUGUUAGCAGAGACUAUGAUGCAUUAUAAAUGUAGAUUUAAUGUCCACUUUUGUGCUUUCUGCCAAGUGGUAAUUCACUUUGGAGUUUUACUAUGUUAAAACUGUAAAUAUAGCAGAACAUUAAUAAAUGUCACUUACGUAGCAA